CGGAACAGGCCUGUGCCCCGGAAGCAGUUGUCUGUCGAGGGGGCUUUUGGCCUGUUACGGAGUCCAGAGGUGUAUCAUCGCCAUGUUCUUGUCCGCGGUCACCUUUGCCAAGAGCAAGUCAAAGACCAUUCUGGUGAAAAUGUUGAGUCAAGCUGGGACAGGUUACACCUUCAACACUAAGAGGAGCCGACUACGAGAGAAACUGACUCUAUUACAUUAUGAUCCAGUUGUGAAAAAAAAAGUCCUCUUUGUGGAACAGAAAAAAAUACGCUCUCUCUAAACAAUGGAUUGAAAAUGAAUUUGAUUUAUAAAUGAGAAGACUGAGGGCGGGAUACUGAUUCAGAAAUUCUGCAGCGUGUAAUAAAAGAAGAGGAAAUGGCACGGAAUCACUGCCUCCUGUGAUUUGAAGGCCAUUGUGAAGGAAAACAAUGCAGUGAAAGAAAGUUCUUCAUAUUAGGACAUAUAUCAUUGCAUCACAUUUAUUUAUCCUUCUGGAUAUUUUUAUAGCCCUUAAUAAAAAAUAUUAAAAUAG